AUGGAGUUUGAGUUCCCAAAUGAGGACUUGAUGUCAGUUUGUCAAACAAAUAAGGAAGAAUCAGAGGAGAAAGAUAAUUGGAAUAUGUUUUUCGACGGAGCUUCGAAUGCCUUAGGGCAUGGCAUAGGGGUCGUGUUAGUGUCACUAGAAGGAGAUCAUUAUCCUGUCAUAGCUAAACUCAACUUCUAUUACACUAAUAAUGUGGUCGAAUAUGAAACUUGUGUCAUGGGUCUUCAGGCAGCAAUCGAGAGGAAAAUUCACGUUUUGGAAGUGUAUGGGGAUUCUGCUUUGAUUCGCUUCACCCAUUUGGCCCGAAAGGAGAACCAAAUGACGGAUGCAUUAGCCACGCUGGCAGCAAUGUUCAAAGUUGGUACUGAUGUCAAGAUUCAACCCAUCAUGAUUAAUCUUCGAAAGUGCCCCGCACACUGCUCUAGUGUAGAGGGAGAAGUAGACGGGAAACCGUGA